GGUACCAACGCCUCGCAGAUCAGACUAGCACCGCACCUCGCGAGCGCGGCGCCACGAUGGACAUGUUUGGUGGCUUCGGCGGCGGCGGCGGUUUCCGCGGCGGCUUCGGCGGCGCGGGCGGCGGCGGCUUCCAGAACCUGCUCAACCGCAUGGCGCAGGAGGAGGACGAGGGCCGCUUCGCCGCGCCGCCGCACCUGUACGACGAGUACUACAAGGCCUACUCGAUGGCCAUGCUGCCGGGCAAGGAGCGUCUCAAUGUCUCGUACGGCGGCAAGAUCAUCAUGCCGUCGUCGGCGCUGAACCGCCUGACGCGCCUCGGCAUCGAGACGCCCUGGCUCUUCGAGCUCUCGUCGACGGGCGUGUCGGACACGGACUUCCGCGUGACGCACGCAGGUGUGCUGGAGUUCAUUGCGGAGGAGGGACAGGUGCAUCUGCCGGCAUGGAUGAUGCGGCAACUCAACCUGGGCGAGGGCGACCCGAUUCGCAUCCGGGGCAAAUCGAUGCCGCUGGGCAAGCAGGUCAAGAUCGAGCCGCAAACUGUCGACUUCCUCGAGAUCGCCGACCCCAAGGCUGUGCUCGAGGAGGCGCUCAACAACUUCUCGGCCCUGACGAAGGGCGACAUCGUCGAGAUCAGCUACAACUGCCUCACGUUUGAGAUUCUCAUCCUCGAGAUCAAGCCAGACGCCGAGAGCAUCAAGAUCAUCGACACGGACCUGGAGGUCGACUUUGCGCCGCCCAAGGGCUACGUCGAGCCCGAGCGCAAGCCAAAGCCGCCGCCGCCGACGAUGGCGUCGAAGCUGAACAUCGACAAGGACAAGGUCGACUCGAUUCCCGGCACGGGCACCUCGACGCCGCGCUCUGCCGAGGCGGGCGGCGCGGGCGGCGAGGCCUCUGCCGGCCCCUUCCGCGGUGCCGGCCAGAGUCUGAGCGGCAAGAAGCCAAAGACGAAGAAGGCGGACAAGCCAAUCGAGCAGCCGGACGAGUUCAGCAUGAUCCGCCGCACCGACAAGCCGCGCAUCAUCACCAACGACACGCAGAUCGGCGACAAGAAGGUGCCGGCCGCACUCAACCUGCCGUUCGGCAAGCUCUUCUUCGGCUACGACUUUGUGGAGCCGGCGGAUCUCAAGGCCAAGGCCGAGGCCGAAGAGGCUGCAUCGAUUCCCUUCUCUGGCGGCGGACAGACGCUCUCCGGCCGCGCACCAAGGCCCAAGACCGAGGCCAAGGCGGCCAAGCCCGAGAGCAAGCCGCGCCGCCUCGACGGCCGCGCCGUGCCCGACGUGAUCGAGAUCGACUCUGACUGAGCUCGCGCUCAGCGCUGCUGCGCCCGCCAUCAUGUACUUUACCC